AUGUUCGAAAACCUCUGCACCCUCCCUCUCAGCUCCGAACUCUUCACUCAAACUCUCCACCCUACAGAACCCAUUCUUGCAGUUGGUCUUUCGGGCGGUCAUGUGCAUGCUUUUCGUUUACCGGUUGAGGAACAGGAGCUGGAUGAGCAUGGUGAUGCGGAUGGGAAUGGGAGUGUGCUGAGUACGGGUACGAGUACAAUUGAAACGGAGUGGAGGACUAGGAGACAUAAGGGUAGUUGUAGGACUUUGGGGUUUAGUGGAGAUGGGGGAGUUCUCUACUCCGCAGGCACAGAUUCCCUCCUCAAAGCAGCUGCUUCUGCUACCGGCCAAGUAAUCUCCAAAAUCCGCAUUCCGAAUUCCAACACCGAUGCACUGGAUCCCCCAACCCUUCUCCAUGCACUAUCACCCCAAACUCUCCUCCUCGCCACCGAUUCCUGCGCUUUACAUCUCUAUGAUCUCCGCGACGUGUCAUCUUUCAAAUCUGGUAAACCGGCGCAAACGCAUUAUCCGCAUGAUGAUUACAUAUCGAGUUUAUCGCCGCUUCCUCCUACGGAAAUGAGCACGAGCGGGUUUAGUAAACAGUGGGUUACGACGGGGGGAACGACAUUAGCGGUGACGGAUUUGAGGAGGGGGGUUUUGGUUAAGAGUGAGGAUCAGGAGGAGGAGUUGUUGAGUAGUGUUUUUGUGGGGGGGUUGCCGGCGAGGGGAAAGUAUGGGAGGGAGAAGGUUUGUGUGGGGAAUGGGAAUGGGGUGGUUACGCUUUGGGAGAAGGGGGUGUGGGAUGAUCAGUCUGAGAGAAUUAUUGUGGAUGGGGGUGGGAAGGCUGGGGGGGAGAGUUUGGAUUCUAUGGUUGCGGUGCCAGAGGAGUUGGAGGGUUCGUAUGGGGGGAAAUGUGUCGUGGUUGGGUGUGGUGAUGGGAGUGUAAGGGUUGUGAGGGUGGGAGGGAUGAAGGGUGUAGUGGAGGAUUUAAAACAUGAUGAUAUUGAAGCGGUGGUUGCGGUGGGAUUUGAUAUUGGGGGAAGAUUAAUUUCUGGAGGUGGAGAAACAGUUAAAGUCUGGCAGGAAAAAGUCGAGGAUGAAGAAGAGGAAGAAGAGGAAGAACAAGAAGAUAUUGAAGAUCAUGAUGAUGAUGUCAUAGGGGGAAGUGGAAAAAGAACAUUAGAAAAAGAUAGCGAUGAUAGUGAUGUAAAGGCAGAUAGUAGUGAUGAGGAAGAUGGAGGUCGUAAGAAACGUAAGAAGAAGAAGAGGGGUAAGAAAGGUCAGGUGGGGAAUGGCAUUUUGGGUUUUAAGGGGAUGGAAUGA